AUGAGAUCCCUCCUACUUAGCCUGGCCCUGGCUGGCAUAGUGCAAGGCUCAGUGGUCGGAACCCGAAGCAAUAUCGAAACUAGCUCUGGUUCUAGCUCCGCCACUGCUUCGGCCGAGUCCCCGACAGUCUAUAUCGACACAUACGAGAGUACAAUUCGGGGAAACAGGUCGGAGUAUCUUAACUCUGUCUAUAACUUCAAGGCCAUCCCAUUUGCGUCAGCUCCAACAGGCGAGUAUCGCUGGAGACACCCACAGCAUGUCGCUGGGUGGUCAGGUAUUCGUGACGCGACAGAGUUUGCCCCAGACUGUCCGCAGCAAGGGGCAAGCAACUAUAGCGAGGAUUGUCUGUAUCUGAAUAUCUGGACGCCUGACACCGCGAGGCUCAAUGAUGUCGUGAACAACACCGAGACUGGUAUCGGCAUUGUUCCUGCUGAAUCGGGAAGCAAGAUGCCCGUUUAUGUCUGGUUCUAUGGUGGACGCUUCGGCUCUGGGUCUUCCAGUCAGGCUCUAUACGAUGGCGCUGGUCUUGCAGCCAAGGGCGUGGUUGUCGUGACCGUCAACUACCGCCUGGGUGCGCUUGGAUUCCUGGCACACCCAGAGCUAAGCAACGUCUCAGUUAGCGGAACGUCUGGCAACUAUGGGCUUGUCGACCAGCAGGCUGCGCUACACUGGACCAACGAGAAUAUUGCCUCGUUCGGUGGUGAUCCUACGCGCAUCACCAUCGGUGGUCAAUCUGCGGGCGCCGCUUCGGUACUCGACCACCUCAAUAGCGAGCUCGCAGAUGGCCUCUUCGAGCAGGUGAUUGCGGAGAGCGGUGCAACUUACCCCUCCAACCCACUCAUUGGUAGCAUUGCCCAGAGCUACCGCUCUCUGAGCUCGGCCGAAAGCCAAGGAGUAGAAUACCUCAAGAGCCUCGGCCUUCAGAGCAUCACCGCUGCGCGGAACGCCUCCGUUGAGCUGUUCUUGUCAAGCGGUAACAAAGACGAUGUCACCUACAGCAACACUGUCUUUGCCGACAACUCGGCGUACAUGGAGCCACCCCUGUUCCGACCUGUUUUGGACGGCUACGUGCUUCCUGCCACGUACCAGGAGAUGCUGAAUCGCGGAAAUCAUACCAUCGCCCCUGUCCUAACAGGCGGCAACCGAGACGAGAAUGGAGCCACGCCCAGCCCAGGCAUGACAGUGUCGAGCUACACAGCACAGAACGCAUAUGAAUUCGGCAGCGUUGGACUUGCCGAUGAAUUCUUCAAGCUCUAUCCAGCCGGCCACAGCAACCACAGCGCCGAUGUGUCUCAAAAUACUUUUUAUCAAGACCAGACGCGCAUGUCUGUUUGGCUGUGGGCAAACGAGUAUCUGGCCGGCUCUGCUCGAAACACCUCCCGUAACGGAACCUACCAGACCUACACCUACUACUGGACCCACGCGCCGCCUGGUCAGGACGAAGGCGCUUACCACAUGAGCGAGAUCAAUUAUGCCUUUAACAACCUGUAUGCAACGGAAAAGCCCUGGACUUCUCUGGAUUACGAAAUUGCGGACAAGCUGUCCGAUUACUGGGUGAACUUUAUCCGCAGCGGUAACCCCAAUGGCGAGGGAUUGCCGCACUGGCCGGGGAACAGCGCCAACUCCGCUAAAAUCAUGGAGGUGGGAAAUGCGUGGAAACCAAUCGCUGUAGCCGAUAAGGAGAAGAUUUCGUUUAUUCGCAAGUGGUUCUCCAAAUGGCCUGUCUAUUGA